UUUUCGUCAUUUUGAUAAAAAUAUAACUUUUUAAUAACCUUGAAAAUUUCUUUAUUUACUGCAAAUAUUUAAAAAAUAUAUCACCUGUUUGAUAUAUUUCUGAUAACACCUGAUUACUUCCCACGCGAUCUUACUUAAAAUGAGUCAAGUUAGUAAAAUCAAUACCAUAACUAAAGUGGAAUAACAUGAAGCUCACUAGUGCAAUUAUUUUAUGCUUUUUAGCUAGCUUAGCUACAUGUGAUUUUAAGUGCUUUGAUGAUUCCAGAAACGCUUGUUAUUCCGAAUGGUUUAAACAUAAUGACGGAGACUACGAAUAUUGUUAUACCACUCCAAAUAUGACAAAAUGUGAUCUCAAAGCUGCAAUGGUUUGCCGUACCGGAUUUGCCGAAAUAGCGUUAAAAGAAUUUGUCAUAGAAAUUGAUCUUUGUACAGAAGGUUCAGCAGCCAAUGAAACUGUGAAAAAAGAUAAAAAUUGUAGCUUCGAUACUUGGUUAGAAUUAAAACAUUGUGACGUAGAGGAAGCUACUAUAUGCCAAACCUUUGACAUAGCACAAAAGUGUGUCGACAAGAUUUUCUCAAAAUGCUCUCGAGACACUGAGAAAGCAUUUCAAGCUGCUUAUAAAGCUUCCGCAGAACUGCGAAAGAAAGUGUGUGAAUUCCAAGAAUAGAUAGAUCUUGGAUUGACAAUGGAAAGAGAAGAUUAAAAUUGAAUUACAUUUGUAAUUUUCAUCACGAAAUCUAUCAAAAAUAU